AUGUAUAUCUUAUUAAGGCCCUCAACCCUGAAGGUGCCGGCUGACCAGUGCACAGGCCUCCAAGGCUUCCUGGUCUUCCACAGCUUCGGUGGAGGCACCGGCUCUGGUUUCACCUCACUGCUGAUGGAGCGCCUCUCAGUAGACUACGGCAAGAAGUCCAAGCUGGAGUUUGCCAUCUACCCCGCACCCCAAGUGUCCACCGCAGUGGUGGAGCCCUACAACUCCAUCCUGACCACCCACACCACCCUGGAGCACUCCGACUGUGCCUUCAUGGUGGACAAUGAAGCCAUUUAUGACAUCUGCCGCAAGAAUCUUGACAUCGAGCGCCCAACCUACACCAACCUCAACCGACUCAUUGGUCAAAUAGUCUUUACCAAAACUGAAUGUCACUAAAUGGCAACAGUCAUAAAAUGUUCAUGACACUGACAUCAUUUUUUAUGACACAUCCAUGACUGUGUUAUGACACUGUUAUGAGACUGUCAUAUGUGCCAAA